UAAUAAUGAAGUUGAGGAAGCGAGCGCGCGCACGAGAAACAUGCGUCCCACACAUCGCCCCACCUCACCUACUACCUGUAGCCCUUACUCAGCUGAAGCUCGCCGGGAAGCUCCGCCGCCCGCCCCGCCGGAGGCGAUGGCGAUGGCCGUGCAAGCUUCCUUGGUGGCCUCGCGUGUAUCUUCUCCACCAGCCUUCUCUUCCAACUCCUGGUAGGGCCCUGCAGAGAGGGAGUCUUCUUCUGCUCACAGUCUUCAACGAAGGGCCCCUCCACCGCCAUUGUCAGCGAGAGGUACAGGACUGCCUACCACCUGCAGCCUCCCAAGAACUGGAUCAACGAUCCAUGUGGACCAAUGUACUACAAUGGCAUCUACCAUGAAUUCUACCAAUAUAACCCCGAUGGCUCCUUCAAUCCCAAUACCUCCUACAACAUAGUUUGGGGCCAUUCGGUUUCAACGGACCUCGUCAACUGGAUUACUCUUGAACCCGCAAUAGAACCGGAUACCCCAAAUGACAUAAAAGGUUGCUGGUCCGGCUCAGCCACAAUUGUAUCUGGUGAUCAACCGGUCAUCAUAUACACCGGUGUCAUCGACAUUGAGAAGCAUCAGGUCCAAAACAUUGCGCUUCCCAAAAACCGGUCUGAUCCCUACCUCAGGGAAUGGACCAAAGCAGGCAAUAACCCAGUGAUCCAAUCGGGUAUACCGGGCUUGAACUCGGGGCAGUUCAGGGAUCCGACAACCGGUUGGAUCGGACCGGACGGACUAUGGAGAAUAGCAGUCGGUGCUCAGCUGAACGGCUACGGUGCUGCACUUUUGUACAAGAGCGAAGACUUCUUGAACUGGACUAGAGUUGACCAUCCGCUGUAUUCAUCCAAUGCCUCCAUUAUGUUAGAGUGCCUGGAUUUCUUCGCAGUAUUGCCGGGAAGUAACAAUGGACUGGACAUGUCUUCAGCAAUCCCAAAUGGCGCCAAGCAUGUCCUCAAAAUGGGCCUGAAUUUCGGUGAAGACGUGUACGUGAUAGGGGUUUAUGAUCUCAAACGUGAUGUCUUUGUGCCAGAUACUGAUGACAGUCGGCUAUGGCCGAGGAUCGAUUAUGGCAAUUUCUAUGCUUCAAAAACGUUCUUUGACUCUAAACAUGGAAGGAGGAUCAUAUGGGCUUGGACUACUGAGACUGACAGUUCUUCAGAUGAUGUUGCAAAAGGCUGGGCAGGAAUCCAUUCAUUCCCCAGGACAAUUUGGUUAGACAGCGAUAGCAAACGGCUGCUGCAAUGGCCAGUUGAAGAGAUUGAGUCCCUUCGAGGAAAUGAAAUCAACCAUCAAGGACUAGACUUGAAGAUGGGAGAUCUAUUUGAGAUUGAGGGAGCUGACACUUUGCAGGCUGACAUCGAGAUAGAUUUUGAGCUGACGUCAAUCGAUCAUGCUGAUCCUUUCGAUCCUUCCUGGCUUUUUGAUGCCGAGAAGCAUUGCCGGGAAGCGGAUGCAUCGGUUCAUGGUAGCAUAGGGCCAUUUGGACUUGUUAUUCUGGCCUCCGACGACACGGAGGAGCACACUGUUGUGCACUUCAGAGUUUACAAAUCACAGAAAAAUUACAUGAUCCUCAUGUGCUCUGAUCUAAGAAGGUCUUCCCUGACACCAGGACUGGACACACCAACCUAUGGAGGCUUCUUUGAAUUUGACCUUGAAAAGGAAAGGAAGAUCUCCCUCAGAACUCUGGUGAGUUGGGUGGCUUUCGUGUCAUUUCUCCAGUUACAUGUUCACUCCCUAACAGAACUGAAAAUGUACACCACCAUUCAGAUUGAUCGGUCUGCGGUGGAGAGCUUCGGUGGUGGUGGCAGGGUCUGCAUCAUGGCUAGAGUUUACCCAGUGUCGCUUGUCGAUGACAACCGCCAACCCCACAUGUAUGCCUUUAACAAUGGCAGUGCCACAGUCAGAGUGCCUCAGCUCAGGGCUUGGAGCAUGAGGAGAGCACAAGUGAGCAUUUAACACGGAAGAGCGAUUCUAAUUUGACAUGUGAUUGGGGGACCGUCUUAAAUCCAGUCAUUUGUUGUUUUCAAUAUUUAGCAUGGGUAUUUGAACUAGAGUCAUGAAGGAGACGCCCACGAGCUAUGAUGUAAGUUUGCCGAGAUUCGGAAUAAGAACAGAACCAUCUUAGUCUUCAUACUUUAUGAUUUCAUAUGUAUGUUUACAGAAUGUACGGUUAAUCACUGGUUUUACAUCUUC